AUGAAGUUUGUUUGUGCUACUUUCUUGCUUUUGGCACAGAGUGUCUCUUGUUUUCACUUUGAGUGCUCUCGUAAAGCCUUUUGGGAUCGUCAAGCACAGUCAGCACUGGUCGCAUUUGGAGCAACGAUCAUUCAACCAUCAAAAGCAAAGGCUGCCUAUACGCCAAAACCCGCUGAAUUGGAAAAGUUGAGGAUUGGACACGCACGCAUCAAAUGGUUAUUGGAGAAUUGGGAUCUCGAGACGGAAGUAUGCGGGAAACAAUCAAUGUCGGAAAUCGAACGGAAGCAAGUGAUUCGCACUGAGGGGCAAGGGAGCGGAGGCUGCGAAAAGACCCCGCUUAAUGUUCAGGGUUUUCUUGGAUAUAAAUCAACAGAAGAUCCACUUUAUCGUGUGGAGAAGCUCAUGAUUCGAGCUGCUGACUUGGUAGUUGAUGGUGAUGUUGAAGGUUACUUGAGCGUCGUUGAAGCUUACAAAGAUAAAGCAGACAAUAGUGCAAUGAUGGCCUACACUUCGUCGUGGGGAGAGGCAAAUCCAAAUGGUGGGAAAGAAGUGAUUGAUGAAUACUUGGAACGAACAAAAUUAGAUGUGGCCGAGACUGAGAGGUAUUUGCGACAGAUCCUCAACUACCUCAACCUAGAGCCACUUCCAGCAAGGAAGAACCCUUAA